AUGACUUCAAUUCUACGAAAGAUACCGUGGCCCAGCCAGGCAUGGAAACCCCUCGUGUUCUCAAAUUUCAAUUUCCAAAGGGUGCCUGUAGAGCAAAGAAUAGAGGAAGAGCUUUUCCCUGACGAUGUUGCGUCUCGCUACUAUCCCGCCAGGAUUGGGGAAGUCCUCAGGCACCGCUACCAGGUGGUUGGAAAAUUAGGCUUCGGAGCUAGCUCAACUGUCUGGUUGGCGCGUGACCUGGAUGCUCGUCGACAUGUCGCACUCAAAUUGUUCAUCAAUUCCCAGUCCAUGGGCCAGCAGCUAGAUAAUGAGCGCAAAAUGUACAAACGCAUCUCUGCCUCAUCAGGAAAGCAUUCUGGGCGCAGCGCGGUGAGGGAACUGCUUGACUCGUUCGACGUUACUAGGCCAGAUGGGCCCCAUCGUUGUCUGGUUCACCUGCUACUGUGGGAGAGUAUCUGGACAUUCCUGAACCGUAAUCCAGUGGGAAGACUACCGCCAGUAGUCCUCGCUGUCACCCUCCAUCGACUCUUUCUAGCACUCGAUUAUCUCCAUACGGAGUGCAAUAUCAUACAUACAGAUAUCACAGGAGACAAUAUCAUGUUUGGUAUUUAUGACGACUCAGUAUUCGCGGCUUUCGAAGAAGAGGAGCUCAGUGAUCCAACUCCACGAAAGGAGGCAGACGGCAGAACCAUAUACAUAUCACGAGAACUUCGAAAGCCCAAGGACUAUGGCGCGCCAGUUCUAUGCGACUUUGGCUCGGCUGUUCCUGGUGAUGUAGAACAUUGCGAAGACAUCCAGCCAGACAUUUACAGAGCUCCCGAGGUCAUCUUUCAAGCCCCCUGGUCGUAUAAGGUGGACAUAUGGAACGCAGGAUGCAUGAUUUGGGAUAUUUUCGAAGGUCGGCUUAUGUUUACAGGACAUGACCCUGAGUUCCAGAAAUACCGCAGCAGAGCACAUCUCGCCGAGAUUAUCGCGCUCCUCGGUCAGCCUCCAUCCGAAGUCCUUCAAGCCGGCAAAGCCAGCCAUAAGUUCUUUACAGACACCGGUGACUUCCGUAAUGAGAUUGACAUUCCUGAAAGAACUUCUCUUGCACAGCAGGAAAUCAGUCUUGAAGAGGAGCGAAAAGAGAUGUUUCUUGCCAUGAUGAACAGAAUGCUUCAGUGGGAUCCGACCAAGAGAUCGUCGGCAAAAAAGCUUGCCGAAGAUCCGUGGAUCAUGGCGUAUAUGUAA